UGUUCCUUUAAAUUAUGUUUGCUGUGACUCUGGAAAGUGAGCAAACUAAGUCUGAGGGAAAGCUUCCCUUUCGAUCAGAACUGAUAGAAAGCACAAGGACUGAAGGACACAGAUUUCCAGUAGGACGUACCUGCCUCAGCAGCCAGCACUCAACUGCAAGUUCCUUAUAACUUGGGGGAGUUUAGUCCAGAUUUGUUGGACAUACCUCAUCCAGACGGCAAAUGAGAGACUGGUUCAGACCCAGACUGCCAGACAAAGCUGAUGGAGUUAUGGAGGUUACCUGUCUUCUGCUGCUCCGCUGCUGAUGGAUCGUCUCAGUUGCCAUAGAGACAAGCUCUGGAAGCCAUGGACGGGCACAGCGCAGGAGCUGCCGGUGGGCUCUCUGCCGGUGGGCUCUGGCAAGGCGUUCCUCAGCAGGCAUUAGCAGAGGCAGGGUCAGUCUCUGAAGGUGAGGAAGAGUCACACACACGUUACAUUGCCAUCCAAAGAAAUUCCACGUACUAUCGGUCCAUGCGGCUGCGGAGCAGAGGGAAAAGAAAGGCUACGAGAGAGACAGUGAAUGUGGGGCGUGCUACAGGUUCACUCAGAAAUGAGGAGCCUGCCAAAGAGCCUCUGACUAUGGAGGUUUUAUCUCAGAAGGGAUCGGCACCUCUGGCAAAUGUUGAUAUGAAAGCUUUAGAAGAACUAUGGAUCCAAAGGCUGCUGCCUUCCUACCCCCGUUACCGUGGCAACCGCCCGGGCUCCCCCAGCCCCGCGCCGCCGCCGCAGCCGCAGCCGGAGCCGCUCGGCAGCCGCCGCUCGCCGCCGGCCAUGGAGCUGCUGGCCGCGGCGCUGAGCGCCGCCUGCGCCCUGGACCAGGACGGCGCGGCGGGCCAGCCCGGCAGGGAGCCCGCCGCCGCCGCUGAGGAGAGCAGCGCCGCCGCCGCCGCCGCCGCCGCCGCCGGGGACGCGCCGCCCGCGCAGCCGCUGACCGCCGACUCGUGGAGGAACCUCAUCGAGCACAUCGGGCUCUUGUAUCAGGAAUAUCGAGAUAAAUCUACACGCCAGGAGAUUGAAACCAGGCGGCUGCAGGAUUCACAGACAGACCCUGAGGAGAAUUCAGCCAGCGAGGAAACUCCAUCCGAAACAGAAGCUCCAAGUAUAACCGAAAGCAAAGCGGCACCUCAGAUCAGUUUGCUGAGGAACUCCAACUCCCGGUUCAACUUAUGGCAGGAUCUUCCUGAGAUCCGGAGCAGUGGGGUCCUUAGCAUCCUCCAGCCAGAUGAGAUCAAGCUUCAGGAGGCCAUGUUUGAGCUGGUUACUUCUGAAGCCUCUUAUUACAAGAGCCUGAACCUGCUGGUGUCUCACUUCAUGGAGAACGAACGUCUGAAAAAGAUCUUACAUCAGUCUGAGGCACACAUCCUCUUCUCCAAUGUGCUUGAUGUCAUGGCUGUUAGCGAGCGGUUCCUGUUGGACCUCGAGCAGCGGGUGGAGGAGAAUAUUGUGAUCUCAGACGUGUGUGACAUUGUCUACCAGCAUACGGUUAAUCACUUCUCCGUGUACAUCACCUACGUCUCCAACCAGACCUACCAGGAGAGAGCUUACAAGCAGCUUCUGCAGGACAAGCCAGCUUUCCGGGAAGUGAUAUCGCAGCUGGAGCUGGAUCCCAAGUGCAAAGGCCUGUCCUUUUCUUCCUUCCUGAUUCUGCCAUUUCAAAGGAUCACUCGACUCAAGCUGCUAGUGCAGAACAUUUUGAAGAAAGUGGAAGAGAAGUCUGAGAGGGAAACCACUGCCCUGGAUGCACAUAAGGAGCUGGAAACGGUGGUGAAAGCAUGCAAUGAAGGUGUCAGGAAGAUGAGCCGAACAGAGCAGAUGAUCAGCAUCCAGAAGAAACUGGAAUUUAAGAUCAAGUCCGUGCCCAUCAUCUCGCACUCCCGCUGGCUCCUGAAGCAGGGGGAACUGCAGCAAAUGAACGGUCCAAAGACAUCGCGCACGCUUCGUACCAAGAAGCUCUUCAGGGAAAUCUACCUGUUCCUUUUCAAUGACCUGCUGGUAAUUUGCAGGCAAAUUCCUGGGGACAAGUACCAAGUGUUCGACUCAGCCCCCCGGGGGCUCCUUCGGGUGGAAGAGCUGGAAGACCAGGGGCAGAGUUUGGCCAACGUCUUCAUCUUGAGACUGCUGGAGAACGCAGACGACCGGGAGGUCAGCUACAUGCUGAAGGCCUCGUCCCAGAGCGAGAUGAAGCGCUGGAUGAUUUCGUUAGCCCCGAACCGGAGAACCAAGUUCGUUUCGUUUACAUCCAGACUUGUUGACUGCCCGCAGAUCCAGUGCGUCCACCCGUACGUGGCCCAGCAGCCGGACGAGCUGUCCUUGGAGCUGGCAGACGUCCUCAACAUCCUGGACAAGACAGACGACGGUUGGAUAUUCGGGGAGCGUCUUCACGACCAGGAGAGGGGCUGGUUCCCCAGUUCUAUGGGGGAGGAGAUCCUGAACCCCAAAAUCCGAGCCCAGAACUUGAAGGAGUGCUUCCGGGUGCACAAGUCCGAUGACAGUCAGCGGAGGAAACUGGGCAGCAGGAAUCGCCAAUGACCGCCGGCGUCCCCGAGCGGCUGGAGCGCCUCCGGCUCUGGGCGAGGGCAGAGGCUGCCGGCCGGGGGGGCGCGGUGCGGCGCUGCAGGACGCGGUGGCACGGGGCCUGCUGUGCCAGGCUGAGCGCAGGCACCCCUGAGCCAGCAGACUCGUGUUCCUGGGCUCCCCUCCACGCUCUGCAGCACUGAUCCUGCCCUGGAGACCAGUGCUUCGAUCCGGCUACAAUAACCCCUUCCCAGAUGUGCUGCAAAGCUCCGAAGAGCAUCGCCCGGGAUGAGCGCUUACGGCUACGCCUGGGGAAGCGCCUGUGAGCUUGGGGCCUCCUAACACUGCACUUUAGGGGGUGGAAAGUGAGGCGGGGAGCUGCCGCGCCUCGUCUCGCAGUGGCCAUCAGCACCGUGGCUGGGAUGUGGCCCCCAGGAAUCCCACUUCCCGGUCCCCGUCCCUCUGCGAAGCCGUGGGGCCCGUUCCCGAGGGCCGACCCUCUCUCUGCUGCCAGUCAAACACUCCCAAACGCCCCGGAUGCAGCCCCCUGCCACCCAAAGCCCGGCCUCGCAGCCCCGACCCGUGUUUCUGCCCUCCUGAAAGCCUCGAAGCACGUCCGGGAACUGCCUCGAGGCUCCCGGAGCAGCACCCCCCUUCCAGAGCCACCGCCGAGGACAGCACGCCCGUCUCCCCAGGCCGCCCCACGGGUCUCCCACUUCGGGGCGUGCCGAGGGGCACCGGCGCGCCUCGGCGACUGACCUGCAGCAGAAACCUCGUGCAAACUGUUUUCACGCACCGCUGCCACAGCGAGCCGGGCCGCUACCAGCCCAUGGGGCUGCAGAGAGACCGCUCGAGCCGAAGCCAACCCAGGAGCCCGUCCCGGGAGCGGCAGGAAGGCCCAGCAAGCGCUGCCUGCAUGCGUGUGACCCCCACUGCCCUGCCGUGCGCACAGCCCGCGCGUGCGACCUCCGCGCGCGGCCUCACCUCCGUGUAUAUAAGCAAAUCCUGGCGCCAGCAGAGCCGGAUGGCCGCUCCUGCCAGCCGCGGCACUGAGCAUCGCAUGCAGCCCAGGGCGCAGCGCCGAGAGCGGCCGGGGGACGGGCCGAGCACGAAGCAGCCCCGCGGCAGCUGCCUGCUGUUCGAACAGUCCUGCGCCUGGCCGCUGCCAAGGGGCCCCCUCUUAGCUGCAGCCGCGGACGGGCUGGUCCUGAGCUGCAGCCAGCGCCCCUCAGGGAACCGCGGCUGUUCGGUCACCCGGGCAGCGCGAGGUUGUGCUGGAAGAAGGGACGGAGACAGAGCGGCUCCCUCCCGCCGCCGCCACGCGGGUGCAGGGUGGGAGCAGCACCGCGGCGGCUGCUGGACAGGGCUGGCGAGGUCGCAGGUGGGGUGUGCGCUGAGGGGAGGACAAGCAAGCCUGCAGCGGGGCAGGGAGGGCUGCGGCUGCCCUCCGGCCUGGCCCCACCGGUGCCGCAGCCCGGGGACAGUCGGAGCAGCGUCAGCCCUGCUGCCGUCCCUGUGGCUGUACUGCCGGGAAGCGAAGGAAGAGCUGAGGGGUUUCGCUCCUCGCGCCCGGCUCAGUGCCACCACGUCCGUGCCACCAAAUGAGGCCACCCCCCAACAACACCCCACAGCCAGCUUCCCUGAGUACAACGGGACUCGCAGCCCGGGGUGCAGCCGCUGCAGCUUCUCUGACCCAGGGGAGCUCCCGCCGCAGGGAGGCCUUGAGGUUACCUGAGAAGUCGGCACAUCCCAGAUCCUCCGGCUUGGCAGAGCAGCCGCCAGCCCAGGCCCGGCAGCCCCAUGUCUGUCCGGGGUGUUCCUCACCGUACACCAACAGUCGCUCGCCUGGCAGAGCGUUACCUCGCUGGCUGGUCGCUGGGCUGGUCCAGGUGUCCCAGGCUGGUCGCCAGCGCCUCACUGCACUGCUCCGGCGCAGAGGGGGCCCGGGCUGCCCCGCGACCCACCAGCGAGCCCCAGCCCCGCCCCAGGCCCCUCUCGCUCUGCCGGGACCUGUUACUGCUCCGAAGCCCAGGCACGAGCUGUGCCAUUUUCAGGCACCAAGCGGCAGCCAGCGCGUUGGCUCGGCCGCGGCCCCCGUCGCAGUGGUCCGACGCGUUGUACAGGGCGGGCCUGGGCCCCCGAGGGCAGGCGGGAGCCCCCGGCUCGCGGCCAGCUGCCUCAGCGGACGGAAAGGACCUUCUCGUUGUCUCGUUUUCCUUGUGAUGAAAUAUAGCUGAGCAAGCCAG